GAGCCCUCCCCUUGCCAUUUGUAUCUGGAUGCACAGACUCUGAACUCUCAAACGAUUCUAUUUUAACCUCGAUCAUCUCACCCGAGCCCAGCAGGCAGCACUCAGGUAGAAGAACCCAACAUGAAAUUGCCACAGGGCAUCACACUUGCGCUCCUCUUGAUACUUCAGACAUUCCAACAAGUGUCCACUGAGAUACCGGAGGAGUGGGAAAGAGAUGAUGGGGCAAUGGACAACAACGAAACACAGUCGUCUAGUGAGAAACCACCUGUUCCAAUGGGAGAAAGUAUGGGGAGCAGUUCAGUAGAAGAAGGACAAUCAUUUGGCUCAGUUUUUUUUACUGGAGGAGAUGAACAAAGGCAGAAUUCCACAGAACUGGAUCAAAUCCCUGAUCACAUGGACAAUGACACAGAGGAAGCCAGUUCUGGAGGACCCCUUUUUACAACGCCACCUCCUAUGAUUGCACUUAAUUCAAGUUCUGCUGAGCCCUCAGAAUCUUCAUCGGAAUCCAAUGAAACACAGACCCAGGAGACAGCUACAAAUACCUCCACACCAGAGCCGGAGCAAUCAAAUGAAUCUGCUCUUAAUGACACAUUUACCAUUCCAAAACCCGAGACUACCACAACAGAGAGCAGUGUUGACGAAACGGGUUCUGGAUAUUUGCCCUCAGACGGUGUACCUACCAACAGCACCACUAAUAGUCCAGCCACCACAACCAAAGAUGUGAACGUCCAGAACAAAACUACAGUGAGUCCAACUGAACCACCAGUAAACGGAACAACAACACCAGUGAUUCCACCUGCCAUCCCUGAGGACAUCACAACACCUGCCGUAGACACUGAGGACGCAGGAGCAAACCUGACUGGACCUUUUGACAACAAAGAUAACUCUGAAAGAGGUUUAUCCUCAGAUAUUACAACUGCUACUGAAAACAAGAAAGAGCAGGCAUGGGCUAUCGUCCUAGCCGUUGGGAUUGUUGUGGGGAUCAUUGCCUUGGCAGCAUUUAUCAUCCUGAAUCGAAGGAAUAGAAGAGACUUUUCACACAGAAAACUGGUGGAAGAGACAUCACCUGAUCCAGUUCUCCGACUGGAUAACAGUGAGCCACCACUAAACCUGAAGUUUGAUGGGCUUGGUUACUACAAUCCAGGACUACAAGGAGACAGCAUCCAGAUGACCAACUUUCCGCAGGGACGGGCGCAAUAAGAACAAAUCUCUGUUACCAAAGACUCUUUAUUUAGGGUUGCACGCAUGUGAAGACAAAAGGAUAAUUAAGAAAUGAUUGUAAUUUUUAAAGUUAUUUGCCAAAUCAACGUGUUUUUAAUUUUAAGUAGUGUCUUCUGUUUGGAUGUGUUGAGGAACCAAAAUGUUGGGGCAUAUUACAGAAAGAUCUCUGUUUGGUAAUUUGAUCCCAUUUAGGAUAAAAGCUGCAGAAUGAUAUUUCGUGUGCAUAAUCUUAUCUUAACUACGGUUAGGAAAAGGGUAUUACUGAAGCAUUCUAACUCAAAAAACCCUAAAAACUGUGUUCACUUUAGCACAACCUGGUGUCCUACUUCAAAAUGAUUGGAAAGCACACUGUAAAAAUCGCAUUACAAUUGCCAUGUCUGAGAAUGGAGUCAUAUUAAUGAUACAAGAUGAAUAACAAACAGUGAUGUUUGAAAGACUUUUUGAACACCCAAAUGAUGUGCUGCACUUUGACGACAAAGCACUGAUAAAUAAUGACAGCCUCCCAUGAAAUAUAGUGAUAGGCUUUGCCUUUCCUACCAAGCUUUUAAAACCUUCUCAUUUGGAGCACUUAUUUAAAAACACACCUAUUUUAUUUUAGAUUUCUUAACUACAGAUGAGAUUUUGUAAAAUAGGAUAAGAAUCCUAAAUCAAGUUAAGAUUUGCUUCUGUAAUACGAAUUUGGGGAAAAAUCUAAAUUAACUUGUCUUGACAGAUCUUAUCUUAAAACUUAAGGUUGAAGGUUUGUGUAAUACUGAAGAAAAUUUCUAUAAUGGGCAGGUUUUUUGAAAUUGGAAAGCAUUGGAUUCUAUGUCUGCUUUUUUUCCUAAUUGUUCGCUGAUUUUAAAGUCAACAAGAUUGUUUUCUAUGACUAAACGUUAUUGUAUCAUGUCAAAACCAAACUUCAUUUCUGAAUGUUGCUAUAAGCAAGAUGGUGUGAAAUGACCAGCAUUAUGACACAACUUGUACACUAAGUUUUAUAGAAGAUCAAGUUUAUGUCAGUUAACUGGGGGAAGAAUUUUCUGACACAUGGUGUAAUACCUUUCUUCUGAGCCUAUAACAUUUGAAGAAUUUUUAUAGUUUACAAAAACGUAAUAGAGAAUUAACAUGACUGUUCUCAGAUUACUAUAAAUAAUAAAAAUGUUAUAAAA